GAGUAUUUUCUGUUCCGAGGAAAGGAUUACAUCACAGUGUCUAUGGAACCCAAGAGAUUCUGACAUGUGGCUUUAAGUGAAAACAGCAGCAUGACCGACAAGCCAAAGAUUCAUGUGUUCAUGGGUGCCCCUCGCCUCACACCUGUGUCUGAUGUUGAUGAGGGAAAGUCUGGUCAGUGGAGGACCAUGAAGCUCUGCUGGCAGGGGGGCAGACUGAGGGCCAGGGAGGAUGAGGGUGGGAUCCAUGGAAGUGACGGUGGAGGUGAGGUUGACGCCUCAUCAGAGCCUGGAGAGCUGCCCAGUACCAGCAAGCACGGUACCCGUCUCCAAGGUCCUGAGACCCAAACCGGAUUUCCCUUACAGAGAGAACCAGGCUGUAAAGAGACAACCCAAGCUGGCCUGGCCCCUUUGGCGAGCUCAACUCCCCAGAAUGAGCAAGCAGUCGGUAAUGAUGAGGACCUGUGCUCUGAAUCAGUGAAGGAGUAUCUGGACAGCUGCUUCCCUGCCAGGCAGCCUGACCCAGGGCCUGAGUCUGCCCCUGAGAGAGCAGGCAUUCAGUCAGAUCCAGCCCCUGCUCAGUCUGUGUCUGUGGAGACGGAGUACCUCAGUGCAUGGACAGUCAGCCAGGCCCUGCUCCUGAGAGGAAGGCUGGGGGGACAACCAGAAACCAGCCCUGUGAAAACCAGACAUCCACAAACGCCACCCAAAUCCACACCAUCCACUUUCACCAGCUCCCCAGAGUUGUACAGCCCAGACACCCCCACUCAGUCCCACAGAGAGCGGGGCCAAGGAUGGACCCAGCAGGGCUCCAUGGAGCUCUUCUAUGAGCCCCUGCUGAGCCAGAGGCAGGAGGAAGGAGGGGUGAUACUGGAGGCCACUGCUGAUGGGGUGCUCUGCUCUCAGGGUAACCCAAUGGGGAACAAAGAAGUGCGUGUAGUCUCCAAAAGCCCUCUCCCAUCACCUAGAUCCCCUGUAAAUACCUCAUCUGCACCCCCAGCCCCUAAAAGGAGUAAAGUCUCCCCCACAAUAGACAGAACUGAUCGGUCACCAGACCAGACUACAGGGAAGGGUUGUGUUACUUCCCAAGCUCACACCACCCUGGCUAGAUGUGGCACCCAGGGAGUGCGUUACUCCAUCUUAGUGGCUGUGGUGCAUCCGUGUCAUCUGAAGGAGAUCAGAGUGAGGUCCGGGGCGUCUGCUGGCUCCUGUAUCCCCCUGGCCUCUGUGGUGGUUACUGACCAAUCAGAAGUGGAGAUGAAGGUGGUCCUGUGGAGGAGGGCAGCAUUCUGGGCCCUGACUGUGUAUUCUGGAGAUGUGCUGCUCAUCACUGGUGUGAUGGUGAAUGAGGACAAGUGGAGAGGAGAGACGGUUCUGCAGUCGUCGUACAGCAGCAGGCUCCUCAACCUGGGCCAGGUCACUGGCAGCAGCUCACCUCUAGUCCCGCAGAAUGUGAAUGGCCGGACACUGAGGUCUCUGUGUGGUUACCUGCGUGAGAAGCGUCCCCUGCUGGUGUCCCUCCCUCCUCGCGUCCCUCAGGAUCCUAACACCGUCGCCUACGCCCGUCUCAGGACCCUGAGACCUGACACACUGGUGCAUGCGCUGCUCCGAAUCACACACACUGAGAUGAUCACAGGGUGGCGAGCCGAGGCAGAGGGCACGUCCAGGGUAGGAGGAGUACUGAAGGCUGUGCUGACUGUAGAGCAGGGGGGUGGACAGCAGGGGGCAGUGGUGCUCUGGGGAGCUGCCUUGACCUGGCUGCAGCGUAUCAACAGGAACAAAGAUGCAGUGUGGGUUUUCCGUUUGCUCCUGGUAAGAGAGAGUAUGAUGACAGGCCUGCUGGAGCUGCACUCCACCCCCUGGGGCUCCUGUGAGCCUCUCUUCCCUGACGACACGCGGGCGCUGGAGUUCUACAGGCCAGGCCCUGCCAAACAUACCAGCACCAGCUUGGAGAUAGACCUGCACACUCUCCUGUCCCAGAAGUACACUGGUGAUGUGGAACUGAGAGUUCACGUCACAGCAUUCCAGUUUCAAGGCAGCCCCUCCCAGAAUGCACUGCAGCGGAUGGACAGCGACACGCAUCUGGAGAGUAUCCUGGACACGGUGUCAGGUGACAUCACGUUCACUGGCUGCGGGCUCUGCGCUGCCGAGCUGGACACAGAUGACAACGGGAUCUACUGUCCCUGCUACCCCUGCCUCCCCCAUACUGGAGUACGACGCUAUUACAGGCCAGUAAUACUGACAGUGAAGGAUGGGGAAAGCCAGGUGUGUGUGCAGGUGCCACCUGUCCUGCUGCAGAAGAUCCUGCUCGACACUCCUCCUGACAAGCUGAGCAAGACGGUCGCUCCAGGUUCAGAUGUGAGGUUAGUCCAGGUAGUGGCUGAGAGGAUUUAUUCCUUGCUGUCCAUUCCCAGACGCACCUUCCUCCUUACCGUCCGCAGCCACUUCCUGUGUGACGAGAACAGUGUCCCCACUGCCCAGGACUUUCUACUGCUGGAUUUUCAUGACCCCAAAUCAUAUAUCAUCAUCUAUGAUCCACUGACAGGCAUCAUGUCUGAAGCACUAAGAAUGGAUGAAGCUCAGUACAGCAUGAAAAUGAUUGAAAAUCAGUUGAUGAUGAACUUAUCGACUUAUGAGUUCAUGCCACCUGUGGAGGUCAAGAGUGAGCCCUACAUACCUGAGACAGCUCAUGGACCCUAUAUUCAAAUACUUGAGGAGCCCAAACAGAGAGGCUUCAGAUUCCGCUAUGAGUGUGAGGGUCCGUCCCACGGUGGGCUCCCAGGGGCCUCCAGCGAGAGGAACAGGAGAACCUAUCCCACUGUCAAGGUGUCUAACUAUGUGGGGAUAGCCAGGGUAGAGGUGCAGCUGGUGACCCACUCUGACCCCCCCCAGGUCCACGCUCACAGUCUGGUGGGGAGGCACUGCUGCACGGAAAGUGGAAAAUGCAGUGUGGAUGUGGGCCCCAAUGAACUCACAGCACAGUUCAGUAACCUGGGCAUCCUCCAUGUCACAAAGAAAGGGGUGGGGGAAGUGUUGUUCAAGAGACUGAGAGACGAGAAGAGGAGGCAAAGGGGGCAGCACUACCAUUUUACUGACGCAGAGGAACAAGCCAUAUUGAGAGAAGCCAACGAGCUGGGCAGGAUCAUGGACCUGAACAUAGUGAGGUUAAAGUUCACGGCCUACCUCCAGGACAGUAACGGAGGGUUCUCUAGGGCCCUGAAGCCGGUGGUCUCCAAUCCCAUCUUUGACAGCAAGUCACCCAACGCCUCCAACCUGAAAAUCUCCCGCAUGGAUAAGACCUCUGGGUCUGUGCUGGGAGGGGAUGAGAUCUUCCUACUGUGUGACAAAGUCCAAAAAGAUGAUAUUGAGAUCCGCUUUUAUGAGGAGGAUGGAAGCUGGGAGGCCUUUGGUGACUUCUCUCCAACUGAUGUCCACAAGCAGUAUGCCAUCGUGUUUAAGACGCCCCCGUACCACAGCACAGAGAUCGAUCGUUCAGUCACUGUGUUCCUCCAGUUGAAAAGGAAGAAAGUGGGAGACUGCAGCGACCCCAAGCAGUUCACCUACGUUCCUCAAAUUCAAGAUAAAGAAGAGGUGCAGCGUAAGAAGCAGAAGCCCCUCCCCUAUAAUGACCCAUGGAGAGGGCCCCUGGGAGGAGCUGGGGGGGCAGGGAGAGGUGCCGGAGGAGCAGGAGGUGGAUUCCAGUUUAACCAGCAGAUGAAUGGAUCAGGGUGGAUGGGGGGUGGAUUCACUUGUUUUGGGGGUGGUGGAGCCCAGAUGUCAGGCACCACUGCCCAGGUUGAGGGUACCCAGCAGCAGGCAGGAGGGAUGGCCGGACAGACGCCAGGACAGUCAGCCUCACCACUACAACAGCAGCUCUUCCAGAUUGCUGCCACUCUCCAGAGCAGGGCCACUCGGAUGACCAAGCAGACAGCCGGGGCUCUCCUCCAGUACUGCACCACUGGGGACGUCCGGGUCCUUCUGGCAAUGCAGAGACACCUAUGUGGGGUCCAGGAUGAAAACGGAGACACGCCUUUGCACCUGGCCAUCAUUCACCAGCAGUCAGCUGUGAUCCAGCAGCUGGUUCAUACAGUCCUCACCAUCCAGCAACACAAAGUCCUCGACAAGCUCAACCACCUCAGCCAGACUCCCCUCCAUCUGGCGGUGAUCACCAGGCAGGUUAAGGUGGUGGAUGUUCUCCUGAGGGCCGGGGCUGACCCCACCCUGCUGGACCGGGACGGCCGGACCCCCCUGCACCUGGCAGCGCUGGCCGGGGAUGACGUCACGCUCAGGGUCCUGCUGGGGCACCUAGGAGAACGUUACAACCACCUGGUCAACGUGGCUGACUAUCAUGGUCUCCAUCCUCUCCACCUGGCUGUCCGUAAGGGAGGAGAGCGCUGUCUACGUCUGCUGGUGGGGAGCGGGGCUAAGAUCAACGACCCCGAGCGGGGGAGUGGAUGCUCCGCCCUCCACCUGGCUGUUAGAGAGAACCUCUUGAAAGUGGCCUGCACUCUCAUCACAGAGCUGAAAGCAGAUGUAAACAUGUGUACGUUUGGAGGGAACACUCCUCUCCAUCUGGCCGCCAGUCAGGGCUCCCCCACUCUCUGCUCCAUGCUUAUUGCUGCAGGAGCCGAUAAGAAUCUGGAGAAUGAUGAGCCGCUCUUCUUCAGCUCCUCAUCCUCAGAUGAGGAGCAAGAGGAUGGACCAAUAAGAGAUUUCAGAGAGUUACAGAUCCAACAGCAACCAAACAUCCCACCACCGUUGGAGAAAGAACAAGUCAACCCUCGUAAGAGACCAGCAACAGGACAUACACCCUUUGACCUUACUAAAUGUCAAAAGGUGAGAGACCUUCUAGACCCCAGACAGAGACCCAAGCCCAGCCAACACUCAAGUAAAAAGCCUAAACCGAACAGCACGGACGCAGAAAGUGAGCAGCUAGACAGUGAGACGCUCCAUAAACUGUGUGAGCUCCUCAGUCUGGGCGAUGUGCCCUGGAGACAGCUGGCAGAGAAACUCAACAUGCUCUCCCUGGCACACCUGUACCAGGAGAGUCCCUCUCCCUGCUAUAAACUGCUGGAGAAUUACAAGUUGGGGGGCGGUCCAGUGGAAGGACUGGUGGAGGCUCUGCAGUCUCUGGGUCUGACUGAAGGAGUGCGACUACUGAGACGGGCUGAGCUGAGAGAGGACAAACAGAACACAGAUCAGACAGUGGACAGCGGCUUUGGGAGUCAGCCAAUGGAUGAGCCAGCCUUGGCCAACCAGUGAGCACCAGGAAGGGUGAGGACCAGCUCGGUGGGUGGGAGGUUUCAGUCCAGCAUUUCAUCUUGGAGAUAUAACAAACCCUGUUCAGCACACCCUAUGGGGAAACCAUUGGGAAUUGGAUGUCAUUCCAGAACCUUUGCUGAUGAAUGCAGAGUUCUCUCUGCCAUGACUGCAACGUUGACAACUCACAUUGUCGGGCAUCCAGAUUGUUAUUUUUCUUAUGCAGACAGAGAGCUGAAGGCAACGAACUAAGGAAAACUCAGUCUCAAUAUGUAUAAUAAUUAUAACAGUGGCUUCAUCUCCUUUACAUUAUUUCUGAUGGUGAAAGAUAGGCUAGUCUUUUAAUGGUCCAUUGACACCUUCCAAAAAGUCAAAGUAUAAAUAAGAAUUUCUCAAAUAUGCAAUGUCAAAUUGUUGAAUGAAAUCAAUUCACACACAUAUUUAUUGGCUGACAGUCUUACUAAUACUGUGUAUUAAUUUGGUUUAACAUUAACCAAAUAAUUGUACAGCCAUAUUGCAGGUGUAUUUGCCAUGUAAUGUUAACUAUAUCUUGUCGUUGUUGAAUUAAAUGAAUUUCUCUCCUGACACAA